AGAAAAUAUUGAUCAAACUUCACAUCCUCCUGUCCCGUUGCUUUGAAUUAAAUCAACAAAAACCGUGAAACUUUCAGAAGCGCUUGAAUUACACUCAUUUAGUUUUGUAACCCUCAAGUAAAACUGUCUGCUAAAGGGAGCUUUUAAUUAUAGUGUCCCAUAUUCAUGAAGUCAAAUAUCGUGCUUUGUAGAAAAUGAAAAUACGGCAAACGCUUGUGUAUAUUUGUGAUACAAAAUGUGAAAUUGUUUAAUUCAGUACUCAUAUCAGCUGAAUAUUUAUUUUUCAAUAAAAUACUGAUGAUAUAACGUGGAUUUAUGCAAACUAGGAUAUACGUGAAAGAGCAAAUUUCUCCAAAAAUAUACUGUGACAUCAGGGGCGCUUGAAUGCUUUUUAGACUUUCAAAAUGGAAGGAAAAUAUGCCACUGUCGCAAGACGUCAUCCUGCUAUUGAGAACCCAGCUAGCAACUGUCCUGUACCGAACAGUUUACGUCCAGUAUCUAACACAGAAUCGAUGAGUUACUUACCACAAUCCCGGGAUCACUUGCCACAAGCACUGGACUUACACAUGGGACCUGUUGGACCUUGGGCUACCGGAAGAGUUGACUGGAAUCCUCUGUCAGGCCUUACCGGUAUAAGACCGGUAGUGGAUACUUACUCAAUACAUAGAUUUAGUGAAAAGGAUUGGAAGUUCCACAACAAAGAGUUAGUAGAUUUGACUAAUAAAGAACAGAAACGAGCAGAUGUAGUAGAUUGGAACGGAAGACAAUGCAUGGUGCAAUGCUUCGAUACUGUUGAAAAAACUCAAAUGGACAACACUAGACGACUGAAUCAAAGGGAAUUAGAAAUUCAUACUUUUAAGUGUGAAUUAGACAGAGCUAUCAACGCUGCCAAAGAAGAAAUAUAUUUUUUGGAGCAAGAACGUCGUAGAUUAAAGGAAGCCAGCAAAAUCUUAUUAAUUCCAGAAUCCAUAUCAGCAGAAUGUCUCGAAAGAAGAACAGGAAGGGUUGAUGUUGAGUUAGUACGAGAUGAUGUGGAAGAGGAAAUUAUUAGGGAGGCAGCUUUAUGUGCAGAAAUAAGAGAAUUGUUUGCUUCAACUCUUAAUGACAUUGAAAAGCAGUUAUUAGAGAACAAAAGUGCCAAACAACGUUUAGAAUUUGACUGGGCUGAUAAAAAGCAUGCACAUGAAAUAGAUUCUAUCAAUAUGAGACUAAGUAAUAGCUCUUCGAUUAUAUUAAAUAAACCUGGAUCAGUAUAUUUUAGUGAAGAACAGUCCACUCCAGAUUUCUGGAUCCAUUUUACACAAGCAACACUUUCCGAAGCAGAGCGUACAAGACAGAAGUCGGUAGCAUUAAGAGGUACUUUGGAUGCUAUAUUAGUUAAUGCAGCAAGAGAUUUGAGAGUACAGGCAGACGAAAUAGAAGAUGCUCUAACUAAAAGAAUUGCUGCCGUUCAGGAAAUACUCAGACGGUUAGAAACUGAACUUAAAGUAAUUUUGAGACAAGUAGUUGAAGUUGAAGAGCUCAAAGAGUCGUUAAAGAGUGCUUUAGCUAAGAUUGAAACUCCUAUGAAAGUUGUCCAAACAAGAAUAAACAGUCGGCUAGAGCGUCCUAGAGUCGACAACUGCAGAGAUAAUGUGCAAUUUGGUCUUGUGGAAGAGGUAAAAUCUAUUGGAGAAUCAAUAUCGGCUUUGAGAGCUGAACUAAAACAAGCUGAACAUUCUGAAGUGAGACUGAUUCAAAUUAGAAACGCUUUGGAAAAAGAAAUAAUAAUUAAGAAAAAGACACUGGAGAUUGAUAUACAGAGGACUAGAAGCAUUCGUCUUCAUUUUCCAUCUGCUACUGCUCUAUCUGGGCAUUAAUAUGAAAAUUUUAAGUAUUUUUAAUAAUUAAUUAACAUUUCCGUAUUCUAUCUAACUCUAGUUGUGAUUUUUAAACGUUAUAUUUGGUGUCCAGAAACUUUUUUGACAAAUGAAAACCGGACAUUCCUCAGAUAAUUUUAAGACAAUUUAAUCCAAUUCACCUGUCCGAAAAUACUUUCUAAGGGAGCUAGAGCUAUUUAAAGAUGGCGUCUUGUAAUUAGAUUUUGUUAAUAUCUCCAGAAUGCUUCUAUUUAGAGAAAGGAACACUUGAACGCCUAUUUUUCUGCAAGAGAAAAAACGAUUCCAUCAAUUUGUAGUACCGACAGAGGCGUCCGUUUUGGGUAGAGCAACAGUUAUUUUAUUACAUAGCUUUUUGUCUUUAACUUUUAAGGGGGUUGGCGCAAAAUCUUGGUCCAAUGCUAUUUAAAUGAAUUAAUUUUUUUCAAAUCCUGAACAAACUAAUAAAUUUUUCGAAAAAUUUAAACGCAGAAUGAAAGAUUACAUUAUUACCGAGGGCCGAAACUCCUUUAGAAUAAACAAAAAGUUUCUUUGUAAUGAAAUAUGUGAAAUUAAAUAUCACACUAAAUUUUAUUUUUUUUACCCCUCUAACAGAUAGUAGGGGAGCCCAAGCGGGGAUUUUUGCAGUUACUCGAGCGCGUCACUGCGUCAGAUUAUUAUAUGGGGAGAAACCUUGUACCCUGUAAAUGUACCUCUACCAUAUAUUGGCUCUUAAUACAGGGGAGUUCGUAAAGGGAGGUCCUAAAAAGUCUAUCCCUAGAAAAACUCGAAAUCGUCAGAUUAAGAUAAGGUAAGUUAAGUACAUGCAAAACAGUGUAUAUUUAAAAAAUCUGACUAUUUGAGCGGGGCGUUAGGAAAUGGGUGAGUCACAAAGUUUCACAAACAAAAGCGAGUAUUUCGCGAAAUGAACGUCAGACCAAAAAACUAAAAAAUGCUUGUUCAAUAUUUUUUAAAAAUCUAUCGAAUGAUACCAAAAACGAACCCGCACGUUGCGGGGUAAAGUGUAAAUUUAAAAUUUUAAAUACGAACCCCGCGAUAUUUCGCGAAAUGAACACGACUCCCCCUUACUCCGACUUACUUUAAAAUCUUAAAUAUUAGCCCCCAAUUUUUAUUGCAGAUUUGGAUUCUUUACGUAAAAAUAAGCAACUUUUAUUCGAGGAAUUUUUUCGAAUUAUGGAGAGAUCGUGCUAUAAUCGGAAAAAACGAUUGUUGGAAAUGGAAAAUGAAAUUAAAAAAUGCAAAGUCCCCAACUUUAUUGAAACUUUACUUAACUUUUUUUGGUUUUAGGACCUACUCUUUAUAACCCAAUUUGUCCUCAUAACGCUCGAGUAACUGCAAAAGCAUACUUUCGUCCCCAACUAUUAUUAAAAUAAACGUUAUAGAAUUUUUCAGGGGUUUUCAGCCCUAGGUAAAAAUGUGAUCUUUUAAUCUGCGUCUAAAUUUUUCAAAAAUACUAAUUAGCUUUCUCAGGAUUCCAAAAAAAUGAAUGCAUUUAAAUAGCAUCGGACCAAGAUUUUGCGCCUACCCUCUUAAGCAUUUUUAUACUGGAUUAUUAAAUUGUGGGGUAUUAUAAUACUUAAAAGGUACUCUUGCUUUCACUUGCAUACACAGUUUUCUAGAAAAAUCGAUUUAAAAAUUUUUCGUUCUGUGAAUUUGAAAAAAAUUUGAAAAAAAUUGAAAAAGAAAACGGUGUAUUUUAUCGACUUAUACAAGAGUAGCUUUUAGUACUAGAAUACCUUAUAAUUUAAGUGUCAUUCAAUCAUGAUUUACUUACACAGUUUAUACACUGUCAAUCAUGAUUUGGGAGUGCUCCUGGUAAUAUUCAUCGUGUCUUAAUUGGUUUAUUUCUAGUAUAUCUUUAUUGUGAUUCUAGUAUAGCUCUAUUUACUUAAUUAAAAUCAUGAUUAUAUCCAAAAAUUAUGUUAUUACACUCAGUCGCACUGUAUAAAUUGAUAUAAAGCUAACUGAUUCCAAUUCAUUGCUUUUUAAUUUUGUUAAAAACACCACCAUGGUUGCUUUGGGCGCUUUCGUUGUUAGCAUGUAUUAACCUGCGAAUCAAUAAUUUUUGUCAAAAAGGUAUUAAUCAUAUUUACUCCUAGCACGUAGCAUGAAUCUCAACCCAAAAUGGUGAUUUUCCCGGAGAGUGCUCGUAUGUUGAUUUGAUUUUAUUGGAUGAUGAAUUUCAUUAAUUCCGUAACAUUUACUUUUAAUCUAAUGACUCACUUUUUAAUAUGUACUUUACUAAGAACUACAAUAAAAAAUUGUAUUAUUAACAGUAAAAACUAUAUGUAAUAAUAUACAGGGUGAUAAAUUCAAAACGUCCAACCGUUCACAUCUUCAUACCUAGUAGGAGCAUAAUCCCUGGAUAAAUAAACAACCUACGUUUCACAAGAUGACACAGCCCUUCUUGCAAAUAGUUAUACAGAGCUGAUUGAUUUUAUACGACUGGUCGAAAACGAAAGUCAAAUAUUUGGUCUGCAAUUAAACACAUUAAAGACAAAGAUCAUGAUAGUGGAUAGACUACAUAAGAAUCAUCUACACAUAACCACAAUUGACCGGUUUAGGGUUGUGAGCUCAUACUUAUAUCUGGUAUGAUUUAUCAUAAACACAGGGUCAUUACAGGAAGAAAUUAAACGUACAUGUAAUCUAGCAAAAGUUGCGCCACAGCAAAAAUGCCGAAAAUAUGGAAGGACUGCAAAUUUCAAGAGCGUUAAAGAUGAGGUUGAUCAACUGCUUAAUAUUCCCAAUACCGACCUACGGAUGUGAGUCUUGGACCCUGAGAAAAUCGAAAAGAAGAAAGAUAGACGCCACUGAAAUGUUCUGUUGGAGUCGAAUGUUACGAAUUCCUUGGACCGAUCCUAGGACAAAUAAUCCAAUUUUAAGAGAGUUAACACUAGAAGCACCAGAGCGGUCAUUUUGACUGCUUUCUAUUUUUGAAACUCUGUUUUACUCAUUCAUAGUUAUUUUAGAAACUUGAUAAUUUAUGACUUUUCCUAGAUCUAUUUGAAGAUUAUAAUUUCUCUUUUACAGCUACUUAGCGGAAUUACUUUUUAAGAUAUGCUAAUUUCUACCUAGAAGCACCUAGAAGCACAUUCAGAGCAGUCAUUUUGACUGCUUUCUCUUUUUGACCCUCUAUAUUACUCAUUUAUAUUUAUUUUACAAAAUUUACAAUUUGGGACUUUAAUAUUUAUUUGAGGAUUAUAAUUUCUCUUUUACAGGUACUUUUACAGUAUAAUUACAUUUUGAAUAUAGUUAAUGUCUACCUAGAAAAAUUUGGUAGUAAUGACAAGGUAUUCUACAUUUUGUUCUAUUUUUCUGGGAAGUUUUUACUUAUUUUAUGUAUAAAAUGCAUCGAAAAUAUUUGUUAUUAGGUAAUUUGAGUAUACUCUUUGCAAGUGCGUGCUCAAUAUGUAUUUUAAUUUUUCAUUGUGAUCUUUCUCUUUUCUGAUGUUAUCACGUCUCGUCGAUAUUUGACUGAGCAAUAACUAUUGGAGUGGUUAGAGAAUUUGUCAGAUAAUGAAUAUGAAGUAGAGUUAUGUGAUGAAAAUGUAUCCAAUAAUGAAGAAGACGAGUAUGUGCCUGAUAAAGUUGAUCAAGGACAUUCAUCGGGUAGCGAUUCUGAAGAUGAAGUUGAGAUUGAGGAUAUGCUCAGUACUUCUGCUUCAACUUCGAAUGCUGACUUCAAUACCUCUUUAGGAUUACUACCAACCAGGUAAGAGGAAUUUGCGGGAGCAGUUUAGAGAAUUCCUCCAUCGACACUAUAGGAUGGGAGUUACUUUGCAAUAGCGCUAGUACACCAGGUUAGCAACUAUAUUAUAUUAGUAGCUUCACUACCUUAUAUUUAUGUAUUCACUUAGGCAUAAAAUAUUUUUGAGCAUAUUAUUUUUUUAUGUGCCUAUCCGUGAUGAAUGAUGGCGACCAUCAUGGGAAUUUUUACCUUAUCCGCAGGAUGUUCUUCUUCCUGGGGCCCGCUUUCCA